UGGGGGUGAUGAGAGAUGCCCACCUGCCCCACCCAGCGCAGCCCGGCCUCCCAUGAGCUCUCAGCAGCUGUCCCUUGCUGGCUGCUCUCCUCAAGACCUUCGUUUUGGCUGGGGAACGAGACCCUGAAGGUGCCACUGGCGCUCUUUGCGCUGAACAGGCGGCGCCUGUGUGAGCGCCUGCAGAAGAACCCGGCCGUGCAGGCCCGCUCUGUCGUGCUGCUGCAGGGCGGGGAGCAGACCCAGCGCUACUGCACCGACACCGACGUCCUCUUCCGCCAGGAGUCCUUCUUUCACUGGGCAUUUGGCGUUACCGAGCCAGACUGCUACGGCGCGAUCGACGUCGACACCGGGAAGUCGACCCUGUUUGUGCCCAGGCUUCCUGCCAGCCAUGCCACCUGGUUGGGAAAGAUCCACUCCAAGGAGCACUUCAAGGAGAAGUAUGCCGUGGAUGACGUCCAGCACACAGACGAGAUCGCCAGUGUCCUGACGUCCCAGAGCCCGUCUGUUGUCCUCACCUUGCGUGGCGUCAACACUGACAGUGGCAGUAUCUGCCGGGAGGCCUCCUUCGAUGGCAUCAGCAAGUUCAAUGUCAACAACACCAUUCUUCAUCCUGAGAUCGUGGAGUGCCGGGUCUUUAAGACGGACAUGGAGCUGGAGGUUCUGCGCUACACCAAUCGAGUCUCCAGCGAGGCCCACCAGGAGGUAAUGAAGGCUGUAAAAGUGGGAAUGAAAGAAUAUGAGAUGGAAAGAGCCCAGGCCAGCUUCCUGAUUGCCCCCUUUGAUGCUGGUGAAUUUUCUUCAAGUUACCCUUCCAUUGGGGGUGCGUCCCUGCCCAAGCCCCAGCUGUAUGUGGACCAGGGCCUCAGCCUCUUUGAGCACUACUGCUACUCCCGGGGUGGCAUGCGCCACAGCUCCUACACCUGCAUCUGCGGCAGUGGUGAGAACUCGGCCGUGCUGCACUACGGACACGCCGGGGCCCCCAAUGACCGGACCAUCCAGGACGGAGACAUGUGCCUGUUCGACAUGGGCAGCGAGUACUACUGCUUCUCUUCUGACAUCACGUGCUCCUUCCCCGCCAACGGCAAGUUCACCGCAGACCAGAAGGCCAUCUACGAGGCGGUGCUGCGCAGCUGCCGCGCUGUCAUGAGCGCCAUGAAGCCAGGUGUCUGGUGGCCGGACAUGCACCGCCUGGCCAACCGCAUCCACCUGGAGGAGCUGGUCCGCAUCGGCGUCCUGAGCGGCAGCGUCGACGCCAUGGCCCAGGCCCACUUGGGAGCUGUAUUCAUGCCUCACGGGCUCGGCCACUUCCUGGGCAUUGACGUGCACGACGUGGGAGGCUACCCCGAGGGCGUGGAGCGCAUCGACGAGCCGGGCCUGCGGAGCCUGCGUACCGCUCGGCACCUGGAGCCAGGCAUGGUGCUCACCGUGGAGCCGGGCAUCUACUUCAUCGACCACCUCCUGGACGAGGCCCUGGCUGACCCGGCCCGCGCCUGCUUCUUUAACCCUGAGGUCCUGCAGCGCUUCCGUGGUUUCGGUGGGGUCCGCAUCGAGGAGGACGUCGUGGUGACCAACAGUGGCAUGGAGUUGCUGACCUGUGUGCCCCGCACGGUGGAGGAAAUCGAAGCAUGCAUGGCAGGCCAUGACAAGGCCUUUACUCCCUUCUCUGGACCAAAGUAGAGCCAGGCGGGAGUGCCCAGUGUGACCGGCAGCCUGCCUCGCAACCUUUUUUAUUAAGCUUCUGCAAGAUCACACCCUUAAUCUGUUACGCUGCUUUUAACGUGCUGAUUGAAAAUAAUCCUGUUCUUUAGUAGCAACUAAAAUGUGUCUUGCUGUCAUUUGUAUUCUUCUGCUCAGGAAAGAUACAGUUCCAGUGUUUUCUCUCAAAAAUCAAUAUGCAGAAUGGAAUCUGCAAUAAAAGAUUUCCUAAAAUGGG